UCCCCUCCCCUGUUACCACCAAACAGACAGGGCUGUGAUUUCUGGGCCAGGGGACAAGUUCAGAGUAGUUGACCUCAUUGCUAGUCUGGUGUCUGGACUUGACUCGAAAGGCUUGCCUCUUGACUGACAACUCUGACAACUGACAACUCGGUGGCUUAGCUUUAAUGUAGAUUAAGCUGCAAGUUAUUCAAUUAGCUCAAUUAAUGCCAACCCGUUUGGGGCGGAUGGGAUGCGAGAAUACCUCGGAGUAGUUAAUUGAAGUCCACUUCGCCAGGCAGUGCCGGUGCCUGGAAGUGAGCCGAAUUAUACAAUCUGAGAGGCACACGAGGCAGCAGAUUGUUUUCUAUUUAUAGAGCCUACAAUAUAGACUAUAACUUAAUCGCAUUGCAUAAUUAGCUCAGGUCCUGUUGCAUCACUUGCUGCAGCACUUCUGCCCACAGAUCUUGUAUUUUGUUUGCGAAUUCCAUUAUAUCGUUUCACACUUUCCCGACCGGACACACAGGUUCCCCCCAGUAAUACUCGCAAAUAAACAAGAUAAUCUCAAAAGAUACUAGAUCGAGUCUAUUUUGUAGACAGACUUGUUCUCCUGCCGAUGACACAACUGCCAGGAAUAGAAUAGAUCUUAUAGGAGGUUUAUAAGGAAAAAGUAUCCAUAUCUUUCACCUUUUCGAAGAACAUCCUGUAAUAGUUCCUAUCUAUGCUUAAGAGGAUGUCUGGAAACUAUCCUCUAGAUCCUACAUAGAGAGACUUGUUCUCCUUCCCACGACACAACUGCCUGGAGUGGAAAUAAUACUAUUUAAAGAUUAUGAUCUGAAGAGAAUCUGAUCUGUUAUUAGAAGAGGAUUACCAAUAAGGACCCUGAUAUUUGGAUUAUCUUAGAUACUUUAGAUACUAAAUUGAGCGACUUACUAAAUAGAGCCAGUAAUAAAAAUACUGAUAAUUGAGAAUUGUGAUCUGAAAGUAGGUUUUUAAAGGAUUACCAAGAAGGAUCAGUCAUUAUACUUGUUUCAGAUCAUGCAUCUUUAUAAAUAAUAUAUUUUAAUGGGAGAUUUAGUUCCUAGUUUUAGUUAUGAGGAGAAUACGUAACUUUUGACGUAGAAAGCCUCUAGAUUGGAGAGAACUGCCACGUAAUAGAAUAGAUGUCAGAUCAUUAACCUUUUUUGAAAAACAUCCUGUAAUCAGGGCUUAUCUCUGGUUACGAGGAAGCUUGGAUUUUGUCAGCCUCCAGAAUCCAGAAUCUAGUCCAGAUCGGAGAGAGCACCUUUGCGUAACUUGGGAACCUGGGAACUGGUGUAUUGCGCACAUGCGCACUCCCCUAAUCUCCUCCAGCAAACAGUUAAGUUUCAGUUUCUUCUCAGCGUUACGCUCAGGUGAUAUCAGUGGGUCUCCUCGCUCGCUCGCUCUCCAAACCACCGAACCACCAACACACCCAAGCACGUGCACACCUACACGCUCGUAAAUCAGGCGCUCCAAGCGGGGCUGCCUCUUUGUGAAGAACACACACACUAGCACACAGAUACUCCGGUGGCCCCCCACCAAUACUAACACAGAGAGCUGCCCACCGAUCGGGGCUAGGGUGAGAGUGUGUGUGUGUUUGUGGUGUGUUGGUGUAUUAAGGCCGUUGGCUCAGUCGCAGUCAGCGUCAACGUCGCAGCCGCCGCCGUCGUCACCGAUUGUGAUUCCGCCGUGCUGCCUGGUGCUGCUGCUUCUCCGGCACUCCAGUUCCAGUUGCUGAGUUGCUGAGUUUGUGCUGCUGCGGUGUGGCCAAGUGGCUGUUGGCUGUUUGGCUGUUUGGCUUUUGGCUGCUGAGCUCUAGCUUGUCUUACUUGGUGCAGUUGUAGUUGUAGUUUACGUCACAGUUACAAAGCCAUAGAGCUAUAAUUUACACUCUUCGGGUCUCUCCCCCCUUCUUCUCGGCCCACGUAAAACGAGUGCGAAAAGUUGCGAAAGCCGCGUGCCUGCGAUAAGAUAAGAGCGUCGGUUAAGGAACACCUUUUUUUUUUAAAAUAAUCGGGAUUUGCGCGAAAAGUGAUUUUAAAAAUUGUGAACAAAAAAAAAAGAGAAAGAAUAAACUCACACAGAUGCAUGGGAAUUAUAUAUAUGAGAUAUAUAACCUAACUGUUUCUAGCAGCGAAUAAAAGUCGGCUCAAUUGUCUAAAAUGUAAGAACAAUAAGCGAACAUUAAAAAAAAGAAGAAAUAAAAAGAAAAGCUGAUCUCUCCAAGCAACAAGUACUCACGCACACAGAGACACCAAAGCUAGUGCCACGACAAAAAAAAUAAUAUAAAAAAAAUAAAUAAAAGUGGAAGAGAAGCAGCAGAGGAGCUAUGGAGGCCACCAGCAGCACCACAACUCCCGACCUGAAUCGCGGCGAUGCCACCAGGAAGAGCGUGCGCCUCUAUGCCGCCCGCAAGGGGGCGGCACCUGCACCCCCCAAGCUCAGUGUCCCCCCCAGCCCCGAUUCCUCUCUCCCCCUCUCUACCGCCAACAACAACAACAAUAACAACAUCUUGCCGGAAACGGAUAUCGAUCGAACGCUUCUUGCCAGCAAGGAUCUCGCCGAGGAAGUCGUGGAGCUGCGACGACGCGGUAACCAGGUGGUUUCCCCCCUACCCCGUGUGGCGGUGUCUGCCCUGCCUGCCCUCCAGCCCCUCCAGCCACCCCAUCCACAGCCCAAAGAACGACAGAGGGCGCCGCUGCCACGCAGUCUCCUGUCCACGGAGGACGAUGCCGGAGUCUCCUUUGCCCUGGGCUCCAUCGAGAAGCACAUCCACAACGUGGAGGAGAGCUUCAAGCAACAGCAACUGCAACAGCAGUCCUCCCAGUCCACCCACCAGGUGAUGAAGGCGGACAUCAAGCGGAUGCAGAGCAAGCGGUACGGCGAGACAGAGAACCUCCUGAGGCCGGGGAUCAGUGAUAUGUCCUCGGAGAACGACUUCCAGUACCUGGGCGGACGGCGGGGCGGCGAACUGGACGACAGCAACGAGCUGAUGCUAUCGGAGUUCCAGCGGGGCAGCGAUGGACGCAACUCGAUCGGUGCCUACUCGAAGAACUCGGCGGGAGCCGCCAGCGGAUCGAGUGCUGUGAAGGCCAAGCUGGCCCGCACCGCCUCCGACACGAAGAACAAUGACACGGUGCUGGCCAUGCGGGCCACCCUCAAACAGAAGCAACAUAUGGCCGAUGAGAAGCCGGCAGUGUGGCGACCAGCUGGCCCAGCGCCCACGCCGGCCGCCCGGAGUUCCUCGUCGACGUCGAACUCCACAUCCGCGGGAAGUCGCGGCGGAAGCAGCAACAGUGUCGUGGACGGAGUGGCUCCGUCCAAGCUUACAGCCACCACUAUAUCGGCGGCGAAGCGACGCGAGGAGAACCUUCGCCAGUUUGAAGCUCUGUUGGCGCAAAAGUCCCAUCGCCACGCCUCCUCGGGAGGGUCGGGGGCUUCCGGUGCGAGUAGUACGGCCGCCAGCUCCAAGAGACGUUCGGAGCGACCUAUCGUGGCACCCAUUCCGCCCUUCAAUUCCAACAAAUCGGAGGCAGUGACCACUUCGGCCAGUUCUCAUCGAGCCAGUGUCGAUCCUCGGUCCACGUCGGGUCAUGGAUCGGGAUCGGGAACUGGACACGGGUCGGCAGCUCCCGCAGCGGGUCAUCAUCGCUCCUCCCACGCCCCCAGCGUGGUGUCCAACAGGAGCAAUGUGUACAGCAACAAUGUUGCCCAGGGUUCACCCAACAUGCAGAUGCGGAGUAGCGCCCCCAUGCGAUGGCGGGCCACGGAGGAGCACAUCGGCAAAUACAAACUCAUCAAGACGAUUGGAAAAGGCAACUUCGCCAAGGUGAAACUGGCGAAGCACCUGCCCACCGGCAAGGAGGUGGCCAUCAAGAUAAUUGACAAGACCCAACUCAAUCCUGGGUCACUACAGAAGCUCUUCCGAGAGGUUAGGAUAAUGAAAAUGCUGGAUCACCCCAACAUAGUUAAGCUGUUCCAAGUAAUCGAAACGGAGAAGACGCUCUAUCUGAUCAUGGAGUAUGCGUCCGGAGGAGAGGUGUUCGACUACCUGGUCCUCCACGGACGCAUGAAGGAGAAGGAGGCGCGCGUCAAAUUUCGACAAAUCGUCUCAGCUGUGCAAUACUGUCACCAAAAGAGAAUAAUUCACAGGGACUUAAAAGCUGAAAACCUUCUGCUGGACAGCGAACUAAACAUUAAAAUCGCUGACUUUGGCUUUUCGAACGAGUUCACGCCCGGCUCCAAGCUGGACACCUUCUGCGGCAGUCCACCCUAUGCCGCUCCGGAGCUGUUCCAGGGCAAGAAGUACGAUGGCCCGGAGGUGGAUGUGUGGUCCCUGGGCGUUAUCCUGUAUACGUUAGUGAGCGGUUCCCUGCCCUUCGAUGGCUCCACCCUAAGGGAGUUGCGCGAGCGUGUGCUCAGAGGCAAAUAUAGAAUCCCCUUCUAUAUGUCCACUGACUGCGAAAACUUGCUCCGCAAAUUCCUAGUACUGAACCCCGCUAAGCGCGCUAGUCUGGAGACCAUUAUGGGCGACAAGUGGAUGAACAUGGGGUUUGAGGAGGACGAACUGAAGCCGUACAUAGAGCCCAAGGCCGAUUUAGCCGAUCCCAAGCGGAUAGGUAAGACGGAAGCUCUAGUCGCGAUGGGCUACAAUCGGCAGGAGAUCGAGGCCUCGCUGUCGCAGGUGCGCUACGAUGAUGUGUUUGCCACGUAUUUGUUGCUGGGACGCAAGAGCACCGACCCCGAAAGUGACGGAUCGCGAUCUGGCUCAUCGCUCUCACUGCGCAACAUUUCGGGCAACGACGCGGGCGCCAAUGCUGGCAGCGCGGGAGUCCAGAGUCCCACGCACCGUGGAGUUCAUAGGAGCAUAUCGGCGUCCAGCACGAAGCCCAGUCGCCGAGCCUCGUCCGGUGCGGAAACAUUGCGCGUUGGACCGACAAAUGCAGCUGCAACUGCUGCCGCUGCGGCGGGAGCCGUGGGUGCCGUCAACCCAAGCAAUAACUACAAUGCUGCAGGAUCAGCCGCGGAUCGAGCAUCAGUUGGCAGCAAUUUUAAGCGUCAGAACACCAUCGACUCAGCCACGAUCAAGGAGAACACGGCGCGAUUGGCCGCACAGAAUCAAAGACCUGCUUCGGCCACCCAAAAGAUGCUCACCACGGCAGACACAACACUGAACAGUCCCGCCAAGCCGCGAACGGCAACGAAGUACGACCCGACGAACGGCAACCGCACGGUGAGCGGCACCAGUGGCAUCAUUCCACGCCGCUCCACCACGCUUUACGAAAAGACUUCGUCGACGGAGAAAACCAACGUAAUUCCUGCAGAGACAAACAGCGGAUCGGCAGCUCCCGCUGGAAAAGGUCAUACCAAAAGCGCUUCUGUUUCGAGUCCUCGCCCCUCUGCGGACGGAUGCGUCACGGUCUCGAAUGAUCCGCUUGGAACGAGUCUGUUCGAUCGACUUAGAAUGGCAUCGGCUGUUAAAUCAAGCAGACACUUUCCAAGGAAUGUUCCAUCACGUUCAACCUUUCACUCUGGUCAAACCAGAGCACGAAACAACACAGCGCUGGAAUAUUCGGGCACCAGCGGUGCCUCCGGAGACUCCUCCCAUCCGGGUCGCAUGAGCUUCUUCUCCAAACUCUCCUCGCGUUUUAGCAAACGUACAACAACCACGGAGGAGGCUGCGAAACCAAGAGUUUUGCGCUUCACAUGGUCCAUGAAAACCACUUCGCCCCUAAUGCCCGAUCAGAUAAUGCAGAAGAUUCGCGAGGUGCUCGACCAGAACAACUGUGACUACGAGCAGCGUGAACGAUUUGUUCUAUGGUGCGUACAUGGAGAUCCAAACACAGACUCCCUGGUGCAGUGGGAAAUAGAGGUGUGCAAGCUGCCACGGCUAUCCCUCAAUGGAGUGCGCUUUAAGCGAAUUUCUGGCACCAGCAUCGGCUUCAAGAACAUUGCGUCUCGCAUUGCUUUUGACCUCCGGCUGUGACUUAACCAAACGAACAACGAGGGGAAUGCUGCCGCUGCCGCCGCCAUCGCCACUUCCUCCGCCUCGCGGCCCACUGAUCCA